AUGCCAAAAGCCUAUGCCCUUGUCGAUUAUCCAAGGCCAAACUGCUCGAGGCACCCGCUAGCCAAAUCUGCCCAAGCAGCCCAGCUGCAAGGACCCAGAGAUCAGCGCUUCAGCCCCAUAACUCUCAAGGAGCCUAGCUCCGAAUUUGUAAAAAUGACUUCAAGAGACCCGAGUGCCCAGCUCAACCAAAGUGCUCAAGGCACCUUCAAAUCUCUACUUGCCGAAUGCUCCAGCACCCAGCGGAUCCGGCUGAGCUUAAAAAACAAAAAGACAACCGCAAAUUCCUAA